GCCUUUGCAGCAGUGUUGCACUGGAGCCAUAUAACGCACCUCUUUGAAAAUGAUCGUCAUUUUUCUCACCUGUCAACAUUGGAAAGGGAGAUGGCUUUUCGCACUGAAAUGGGACUUUAUUAUUCCUACUUCAAGACUAUUGUGGAAGCACCCUCAUUUUUGAGUGGAGUAUGGAUGAUUAUGAAUGAUAAACAGACUGAGUACCCCCUUGUUAUUAAUACAUUAAAAAGAUUCAAUCUUUACCCUGAGGUAAUCUUGGCCAGCUGGUACCGGAUUUAUACCCAAAUAAUGGACUUGAUUGGUAUUCAAACCAAGAUAUGUUGGACGGUUACCAGAGGAGAAGGGCUCAGUCCUAUUGAAAGCUGUGAAGGACUGGGAGACCCUGCUUGCUUUUAUGUUGCUGCAAUUUUUAUUUUAAAUGGACUAAUGAUGGCAUUAUUCUUCAUAUAUGGCACAUAUUUAAGCGGCAGCCGAUUAGGAGGCCUGGUUACAGUGUUGUGCUUCUUUUUCAAUCAUGGAGAGUGCACCCGUGUGAUGUGGACGCCCCCGCUCCGUGAAAGCUUCUCGUACCCAUUCCUUGUACUUCAGAUGUUGCUUGUGACUCAUAUUCUCAGGGCAACAAAACUUUAUAGAGGAAGCUUGAUUGCACUCUGCAUUUCCAAUGUAUUUUUCAUGCUUCCCUGGCAGUUUGCUCAGUUUGUCCUUCUUACUCAG